UGUGUGUGUGUGUGCGUGUGGCUUGGAUUUGACAUGGCCUGACCACGAAAACGUGCAGCCCAGCCUUUUUUAAUUUUACCCAGCAGACCCAGUUUGGGCGGGAUCAAGGUCAAAGACUGUUUUCCUCACUUACCAUUGAGAAGUGGUUUCAUUGGGGCUAAUGCAGAGAUGGGGAGAUAGGCUUUUUAUAGGCUAUAAUAUUUAUGUUUCUUGUUUUAACUGUCAGGGCUUAGGUCACGAUGCAGAGCUAGGUUUAGGUUGCUGUUUAUAGGCCUAUCGAUUCAAUUUCUACAUUUAGGGUUAGCCUACUAAUUAGCUGUGCCCAUGUGGAAAUAGAAAUAGGGGUAGGCCUACCUUUACCCUAUUUAUGACUGCGUGCAGGUUUUGCUAGAUAAUUGGUCAAACCAGAGCCUGUUAGAAUUUGAAGUAGGCUAUUUUAAUUAGGCCUAUCCAUGUAUUUACCAAGCUGCACCUAUCCGUCAAAGUCUGACUUUGGCUCCAUCACUUCACCAUUUUUAACGAAGAACGGCGCAACUCUGCUGGACCAUAGCACCGCUUCAGUGAGAAGACUACCGGAUUACCGGGGCUACUACCACCACGAGCCACGACAGCAGUAUUCUCCUCCGUGGAAAUGGAGUCUCCACCAGGCGAACCGUCCCAUCACCUCUGCGCCGCCAUCCUGCCUCAGCAUGCCGGGGGAAGCGGUUUUUCACGAGUACCAGGGCUUACCAUCCUCGUCGGAGACGAUAUUCAACACCGGUAAAGACUGCUUUCUGUACGGCGGAGCGGCUAACGGCACCUCAGGUCCCCCGUUUUCCGGAGACCCGCGGGGUUACCCCGGCAGACAUACUGCGUUCAAUCCGGACUCUCGACUUCUCUUCCCGGCAGGGAAAAACAGAGUCCUACCGCCGGUUUUCGAGCAGUUUUUCGAGUAUGCGGAAGAGGCAUUAGAUCCGAGAGCCCAGAUUACACCUGGGAGCCAACAGCAGAAAGAGACCAAUCCGGCCGAGUGGACGAGCUGUCACACCGGGGAAAGCAGCAAGGUGAGGGAGGGGUCAGAGUCACCCCAGGCUGCGAAGGACGAGGAGGAUGCGCCGUUAUCCAGCGGCAGUGCAGGAGACUACAGCCAAGGCCUGACAGAGCCCUGUGUGAGGAGGAGGACACGUUGUCCUUAUUCCAAGCAGCAGAUCAGAGAGCUGGAGAAAGAGUUUCUAUUCAACAUUUACAUCAACAAGGAAAGACGCGUGCAGCUGUCCCGCCUUCUGCACCUGACAGAUCGACAGGUGAAAAUCUGGUUCCAGAACAGAAGAAUGAAAGAGAAGAAAUUGAAAAGAGAGAGGCUGCUGUACCACUCAGGAUAUCACCUGUUCUGAUGGACGGAUGAGGAAGAAAGAAGUAAGAGACAGUCUUUCUUAAAGUGUCAGGUGCAAACUGUGUGACAACUCUGCAAACAAUGUCACAGCACUGUAUCAUUCCAACCCUGUAGGCAGGUUAAUAGAGACAAACUAAAUAUAGG